AGCAGGCAAGGAAAAAAAAAAAAAAAAAAAAAAACCUGACUGCCUUGUCCUUUUCUCCGAUCCAGCACCAUCGACCUCAUGAAUAAAUUAUCGCAGCCCAUUGUGCAACCACCAAACCUGGAUUCACAGCCGUAGUAUCGGAGCGCAGAGGAGCAAUCCAGCGAGGCGAGCGCAGCAGCUGGGAGACUUUUCCUUGCAGCCGCACCGCAGUCAUUUUUUUCUUAUCAUAGAUGCAACGAGACUUGGGGCUAGCAGCUGCUACUGCACUGAAAACCACAGCGUUUGCCAACGUGUGCAUGGAUGGUAGUCUUUUGUUUUAAAAAAAGAAAUGGAGGCCAUUAUUAAUAUUUCUACUAUAACAUAAGCACUACCCCCUUUUUUUUUUGGAAAAGAAAGGCGAGGGGGGGCUAGUAUUGUGUGGACCAGCUAGGGUUGCAAAAACUGCUUGAUAACGCCUGCUUGAGACGCGUUUCUGUACCGGAUCCGUGUGGUGUGGACCGGCCGAGGCGGCUCCAGUCCAGCCCCCCCCCUGCCCGCUCGCCCGGUUGCUGAGUGUGGGGGCUCAUCGCUGCACCCCGAGGCCGUCCGAUGAACUCCAUGAACCCCAUGAAACCCUCCCUGCCUCCGACCCCACACAGUGACGGUUCGUACACAUAUGAUCCCGUCUCCUGGCAGCAAGGCGCCAACCAGCCCCCUGGCUCUCUGUCUGUGGUGACAACUGUGUGGGGGGUGACCAAUAGCUCGCCCAGCCAGGUUCUGGGGAACCCGAUGGGUCCGGGUGGAAAUUCGGGGGGCAGUCACAUGCUGCCCGGCAGCAGCCCUGGAAUGAACUCCCCGCAGUUCAUGGGUCAGCAGGGGUACCCCGAACACGUGCCCAACAAGGGGUACCUGCAGCACAACAUGUACAGCCGGGGGGGGUACCCCACCUCGCAGGGAUAUGGGGGAGGCAGUUACCCCGGGGGUCCCAGUGGCCCCGGCUCGAUGGGUCACCAGCAGCACGGGCCCGCCCCCCCCUCGGACUUCACGCAGGCGGCCGCCGCCGCGGCAGUAGCAGCAGCAGCGGCCACGGCAACCGCCACUGCCACGGCAACGGUCGCCGCGCUGCAGGAGAAACAGAACCAGGAGCUGGGCCAGUACGGGCCGAUGGGCGGCCCCUCCUCUUACAGCAGUCAGUUCAUGCCUCACUCCGGGCCCCGGGGGCCCCCAGGCAUGGCGGGGGGGAUGGGCCACGCUGGCAUGGCUGCCAUGGGCAUGGGCCCCUCCCGCCCCCCCUCGAUGGGGCCCAUGUACGCAGCGGCUCAGGGGCAGCGGCUCCCCCAGCACCCCGGCUACCCGGGGCCCCCCCAGGGCCAGCAGAUGGGUCCCCGCGGACAGCAGGGGCUCAAGAGGACCUACAGCACUGAGGGGUACCCCGCUCCUCAGUAUGGCGCUGGCCCUGGCAAUGCCGUGCCGUACCCCAGCCAGCCAGUGCAGUACCACAGCACCCCCCCCCAGCGCUCAGCCCCCUCCCCCUCCUACCCCGGUCACAGGAUCCCCCUGCAGCAGGGGCAGUAUCAGCCCGGUCCCCCGAACCCCGCGCAGUACUACAAGUCAGCUGAUCACUUCAAUGGACAGGGAGGCAGCCUGGCAGGGGGAGGAGGAGGGUACAGCAGCUUCACCCAGCAGCCAGCCAGCGGGCCUGGUCGUGCGAUGCCGGGGUACCCCAGUUCUCCCCUCCCAGGGAACCCCACUCCGCCCAUGACCCCAGGAAGCAAUAUGGCUCCCUACAUGUCCCCCGGACAGGAUGUGAAGUCGCCCUUCCUGCCCGACCUCAAGCCCAACAUCAACGCGCUGCCGCCUCCGCCGCCACCUUCAGGUAACCCUAGCGAUGACCUGCGGUUGACCUUCCCCGUGCGGGAUGGCGUGGUGCUCGAGCCCUUUCGAUUGGAGCACAACCUGGCCGUGAGCAACCACGUGUUCCAGCUCCGAGACUCCGUGUACAAAACACUCAUGCUGAGGCCGGAUCUGGAGCUGCAGUUCAAGUGCUAUCACCACGAGGACCGGCAGAUGAACACGAACUGGCCGUCAUCGGUGCAGGUGAGCGUGAACGCCACGCCCCUGUCCAUCGAGCGCGGAGACAACAAGACCUCCCACAAGCCGCUGUACCUGAAGCAGGUGUGCCAGCCGGGCCGGAACACCAUCCAGAUCACCGUCACCGCCUGCUGCUGUUCUCACCUCUUCGUGCUGCAGCUGGUUCACAGGCCCUCCGUCCGCUCGGUGCUGCAGGGGUUAAUGAAGAAACGUCUGCUGCCUGCCGAGCACUGCAUCACCAAGAUCAAGCGGAACUUCAGUAACGGGACGAUCCCGGGGACGCCCGGUCUCAAUGGGGAGGACGGGGUGGAGCAGACGGCCAUCAAGGUGUCUCUGAAGUGUCCCAUCACCUUCCGCAGAAUCCAGCUGCCAGCCCGGGGACAUGACUGCCGGCACAUACAGUGUUUUGAUCUGGAGUCCUACCUGCAGCUGAACUGUGAGAGAGGAACGUGGCGUUGUCCUGUGUGCAAUAAAACGGCUUUAUUGGAAGGACUGGAAGUGGACCAGUACAUGCUGGGAAUCCUUAUUUACAUCCAGAACUCUGACUUCGAGGAGAUCACUAUCGACCCGGCCUGCAGCUGGAAACCGGUUCCGAUCAAGCCCGAUAUCAAGGAGGACCCGGACGGGCCGGCGCCGAAGUGCUGCCGCACCAUGAGCCCGAGUCACAUGAUCCUGCCCAACGUCAUGGAGAUGAUCGCCGCGCUCGGACCCGGAUCCUCGCCGUACCCUGGGCUGCCCGCAGGGGGCAGCGGAGCUACACCGGACUACCCUGGCCAGAACUCGGGGUACCCCAGCCAGCCCGGCUUCACCGACUUCCCCCCCGGCGCCCCCCUGCCUCUGGGGGAGUUCGCCCCUGGGCCGCCCCCCCUCUCCUAUCAGUCCGACCUGCCCAGUGGCCUGCUGACCACUGAGAAACCUGGGAGCCACACCAUGCCUGGACAGAUGUCUCACCCUGGGAGGAUGGAUCAGUCCCACAAUGCUUUGCAGCAGCAGCACCACCAGGGUCUCCAAGGCAACCCUCACCUUGGCAACCAGGCCCCGCCCCUCCACUCCCGUAACCCUUCCCAGAAUGCCCGGCUGCAGCAGGUUGCCGGGGGGACGGGCCCCCACGGGCAUUCCGAGGGGUCCUUUGGACCAGGGCCUGGAAUGGGGGGGGCGGGAGAGGUGCCUGAGCCGUCCCUCGAUUUGCUGCCGGAGCUGACGAAUCCCGAUGAGCUCCUCUCGUACCUCGGCCCCCCCGACCUGCCCAGCAACAGCAGCGAGGACCUGCUCUCGCUGUUUGAGAACAAUUAGGACUACAACUCCCAGCAGCCACUGCGCAGCAUGUCUACAGAGGAACUACAACUCCCAGCGUCCACUGCACAGCACGCCUACAGACAAUAGAGGAACUACAACUCCCAAUGGCCAUGCCUACAGAGGAACUACAACUCCCAGCGUCCAUUGCACAACACGCCUACAGACAGGCAACUCCCAGCAUCCAGGAGACCACAAUAUCCAGAGCCCACCUAUAGACAACACAGGAACUACAAGUCCCAGAGCGCACCACUGCUGAGGGCUAAAGCGGAUAUCCACAGCUCCUGUCUGUCUCUGUGAGAACUGACAGAGAAACUCCAUCUCCCAGAUUCCCCUGCGGCCAGCGUAGGCACCCAGCACUGAGAGCACAGUGCGUGUGGUCUUACUGAGAGUUCUGCAGUUCUGGAAGUGAAGUUAAAUUGAGGAGGGAGGGAUGGAGGAAGCCUAGGAAUUAUAAAUCUCAAAGUAAAAAAUCAAAAAUAACCCACUUUUUUUUUUUUUAAAUAAACUUUUAAAUUCUAUUCGAGAAAUAAUGUGGACCAUCGAUUGUGAUCAGUGAUGGGUUUGGAAUUGAUGAAUUGGGAAUGGAUUUUAAGAAUGAAUCGAGGAGACCGGGGUUCACCCCAGCCCCGGCCCCUCGCAGCUUGAGCCAGGGUGCGAGGUGCAGUACCUGGUGCUGGACAGUAGGGGGCAGUGGACGGCUUCGGGUGUCUUUUUUUUUUUUUAUUAUUAUUUUUAACUUUUUUUUUUUUUUUUCGAUCUUGUAUCUAAAAGGACGCGCAGAUGAAUUUUUAAAUGACUCUCGGACCGUUUUUAUUUAUUAUAACAGCAUUUUAAAAAGGAGCCGGGGUGCUUGUGGCGGCCUUGUUGUUUUGUUUUUGCUGGUGAGGUCAUUCCUCUGCAGUGUCUUGGGACCACAGAGUUGUGCAUUUUGAGUUGUGCAUUUUGACCCUCGUGGGUUUCUGUAGUUGGUCGACAAUGAAAAGAGACUGAUAAGCCCCCCCCCCCCCCCUUCAAAAUGUACUUGUAAUGGUAGAUUUUGUUGCAGAAUGGACAUUAACGCUGUUCUCAUCCUCUGAUGCUGUACAAAGCAAGCUAAGUGUUGGAUCUAUGGUGUUUGAUAUAUAAAAAAAAAAGAUUUGUCUCUGCAUUGGAGAGAAUGAAAAGAUAUUGAAAUUAAAAGGUGAAGUUUAUUAUUAUUAUUAUUAUUUUUUAAGAAAGUGGAAAUCCCAAAAGAAAAAAAAGCACAAUGUGUUUGCUCCUUGUAAAUAUUGAAUUGGAAUAAACACUAUUGCAAUCCUACACGCACACACACACACAGAGAGAUACGCACUGACACGCACACACGCACACAGAGAUAUGCACUGACACGCACACACACAGAUACACACUGACACACAGAGAUACGCACUGACACGCACGCACACAGAUACACACCGACACACAGAGAUACGCACUGACACGCACGCACACAGAGAUACGCACUGACACGCACGCACACAGAGAUACGCACUGACACGCACACACACAGAUACACACUGACACACAGAGAUACGCACUGACACGCACGCACACAGAUACACACCGACACACAGAGAUACGCACUGACACGCACGCACACAGAUACACACCGACACACAGAGAUACGCACUGACACGCACGCACACAGAGAUACGCACUGACACGCACGCACACAGAGAUACGCACUGACACGCACGCACACAGAGAUACGCA